GCAGUAGAUACACUGCCCUCUCCCUUCUUGACCCCUACCCUCUCUUUCUCUUUCUCCUUCCUUCCCUCCUUCGCAGUUGCCUCAGCCGCCGCUGCUCCCAGAGGAACUCCUGACUCGGGGAUGGGGUCUCGGGCCUCCACGUUACUACGGGACGAAGAGCUCGAGGAGAUCAAGAAGGAGACUGGCUUUUCACACAGUCAGAUCACCCGCCUCUACAGCCGGUUCACCAGCCUGGACAAAGGAGAGAAUGGGACUCUCAGCCGUGAAGAUUUCCAGCGAAUUCCAGAACUUGCUAUCAACCCGUUGGGGGACCGGAUCAUCAAUGCCUUUUUUCCAGAGGGAGAGGACCAGGUAAACUUCCGUGGAUUCAUGAGAACUUUGGCUCAUUUCCGACCCAUUGAGGAUAAUGAAAAGAGCAAAGAUGUUAAUGGACCAGAACCACUUAACAGCCGAAGCAACAAACUGCAUUUUGCUUUUCGACUGUAUGAUUUGGAUAAAGAUGACAAGAUCUCCCGUGAUGAGCUGUUACAGGUGCUACGCAUGAUGGUCGGAGUGAAUAUCUCGGAUGAGCAGCUGGGCAGCAUUGCAGACAGGACCAUCCAGGAGGCCGAUCAGGAUGGGGACAGCGCCAUAUCUUUCACAGAAUUUGUUAAGGUUUUGGAAAAAGUGGACGUGGAACAGAAAAUGAGCAUCCGAUUUCUUCACUAAAGGACUGAGACCAAACUGUCCCUUGCUUUCUAGUAUUUAAGAACUGGAACUUGAGAGUCCUUCUGUCCACCAGCCCCACCUCCACCCCAUCAAUCCUCUUCUCCCAAAGUACUACUGCUGCAUGACCCCCAGAUAUGAUCUGUCAACACAAACCUACCUUUGUUGUAAACAAGGCAUUGCAGAAUGGUACACCCAGCCCAUUUCUUUUCAGUAUCCAUGUACUGGUUCUCCAUUCAGAAGUAUCAUCUUCCCCUGUUGUGCUGCUCAAUGCCACAUGUCCGUCCAGCCUGAGAAAGUGAGAGGGAGUCAUGCCAAGUACCAGCCAGCCAAGCUCUUUCAUUGGAUGUCGACGGCAGCCAUGCUGCCUUCCCUCCAGCUAGGCUCCGGCAUGCUCCUUCAUCCUUUUUUUUUUAAUGUCCUUUGCUUCCUACUUCUCUGUCACCCAACAUACCUUCACUUCGUCUGUCAGUCUCCCUGCUUUUUAUGAAGCCUCAGAAUCCCUUCUGUUCUACUUGGCACACCAAGCUAUGCCAGUUAAAUAUGUUUCUGACUUGGCAGGAUAGUUUGGUGGUCUGGCAGUUUUUAUCUACCUUCCCUUGUAGGUGGGUCUGGGAUGUGCCUCUCCAGCUUUUUGGUAGCCAGCCCUUGUCUCAGAAGAACAUGACGUGUCUUGGUCCACUGCCCUCUGCUCUGUCAUCGAAGAGCUGCUAGAUGGAGAUGUUCAUGAAAGGUGGUGGCCUUGGUGAGAGGUAUAGAGCCAAGUCUUCCAGGUGGCUUGCCCAGGUCAUUCUACCUCUGGCCUCUGAUUCUCAACAUACAUCCCGACGUGACUACUCUUGUUAGUGCAGUGUUGACUCUUCAGGAGAUAGACAUCAUAUGCCUGGAUUUUUUGCUUAGUUUGGGGGCACCGUCACCACCAGAAUGGCUGUUCUGACACUAUGCUUGGGGACUUUCUUGGGCUUUUUUGAGAACCCUCGGACACCCUGUAAACAUCCUGUAUUCACAGCUCUGCAGCAUGGUUGAUGCUUCAGUGUUAUGUGCACUGGAAUGUUUUUCACUUCACAUUUCUAAGUAGAAAGAUUAGUGUUAAGGAAGUGCCUAACUUUUUGCAGUCCAAGAGAUUUAAAGAUUGUCCUCAGUGUCUUGAUAUUUUGCACAAAAUUCUUUGUGAAUUUUACACUUGGAAAGUGAUUAUACUAGAAGCCAUCGUCAGCACCUAGCGCAGGUCCAAACCAUUGAAUGUAUCAUUAGCUGCCUGGUGACAUUGGCUUCCUAGCUCCCCGUGUAGACCACUGCUAUCCCUCAGAAACAAGACGCCUCCAUUGGUAACACAACCCGAAGUGGCAUUAUAGGCCUUUGAGCGAGCCAGAGCAACUUCUCUGCCGAAGUCGGCUUAGUUAGACCUCACUGAGGCAGGCUGCCGCCACCCUAACAUCUGUCUGUAUGAGUCUGUUCAUCUGUGUAUCCGCCCUUGGCUGACUUUCUCUAACUCAUUGCUUGCAUGCUUGCUUGUUUCCUUGCUUUGGGAGGUGAUCUAAGAUGUGCACACAAUUCUUUAGGAAGGGAAUUGCUAAAGAAUACCACUACAAAGAGAUGGGGAAGGGCUAGGGAACGGGAGUGGCCAGGCUGGGUGGCUCGAGUAUAGACGAGUGAUGAAUUCUUUAGGAAGUGUCACUCUGACUUUGUGAUCAAAUGAUGUAAUAUAGGAAUUGUAUCAAAAGGAAGUAUUUCAGAGGCUCCUUGACUUGCGUAUUUAAAAUUCCUAAAAUUAUGGCUUUCCCCCCUUUUGGCUGUAUAGCAAACUGUUCUCAUCCACAGUUGUGCCUUAUUGUUCCAUUACAAUUGUAUUCUUCGGUCCAUCAAUAAAUACUUGUGGUUAAAACAAAA